AUGACAUCUUCUGUGAGGGAUUUGGCUAUGAAUUUUCACAAACUCGACAAAUUCGAGGGCGUGGGCUUUAGGCGGUGGCAGAAGAAGAUGCACUUCUUGUUGACGACGCUGAAUGUCGUCUACGUCAUCAGCACACCCAGACCGGAAGAGACCGAAGAAGAAACCUUGGCGCAGGCACGUAUACGAAACAAAUGGGACAACGACAACUAUGUAUGCUGCGGUCACAUUCUGAACGGUAUGUCCGACGAAAUCUUUGACGUAUAUCAACACAUAGACACGGCGAAAGCCCUAUGGGAAUCGUUGGAGGCUAAAUACGUCUCGGACGAUGCCUCCAGCAAGAGAUUUCUUGUAAGUAGUUUUAACUCUUACAAGAUGGUUGACUCGAGAUCGGUUAUGGAGCAAUUCCAUGAACUACAGAGGAUCUUAAGUCAAUUUACACAACACAAACUGAAGAUGGAUGAAGCCAUAAAGGUUUCUUCCAUUGUUGAUAAACUUCCACCAAACUGGAAGGAUGUCAAACGUUCCCUAAAGCACCGAAAAGAGGACAUGACCCUUGAACAAUUGGGAACACAUCUUCGCAUAGAGGAGGAUCUCCGAAUGCAAGAUGGUAAAGAUGUUUCUCUUCCAUCCACGGUUAAUGUGGUAGAAGAAGAGAAACGCGGGGCCAAAAGGUAA